AUGGACUCCUCCCAGGACUUCAAGUCCCUGCAGGAGAAGAUCCAGGCCGCCCUGGUCAAGGCCACGCGCUCCAGCAACCAGCUCGCCGCCGAGGAUCUCAACUUCCAGCGCAGGAGCAACCCCGCCGCCGCCGAGCAGCUCGACGACGCCAGCGAGCGCCUCCUGGCCCUGUCCACCUCUCUGCUCAGGUCGGCCACCAAGGGGACCAGCGCGAAGCACCCGGAUCUCGAGGAUGCCGACGAUGUCGACGUCCACUGGUCCAAGAUCGUCGACGUGAUCGACACCCUGCUGGAGAAGGCCGACACCUGCCUGGACGAGUACACAGGCUUGGUCAAGAGGAAGACGGCGCCGACGGAGGAAGUGGGAUCACUGCCCAAGAAGACCAAGACCUUUGACGCCCUCGACCCGUCCAUGCGCCGCGCCAACAUCCUGAAGCCGCAGAAUGCCUUCCAAGUGAAGCCCGACAACAUCGAUAACUCUCCCUGGAAACCGUUUCUGACCAAGAAGCCACACGCCACGCUGCCGCUGGACAAGAGCCUCGGCACGUUUAAUAAUGAGGAGGACAGCGUACAGUACGACUACCACAUUUUCUUGCGUCACCUUGACAGACCCACUCUCUCGGAAGCGCGAGUGCCUUCCAGCCAGGAGGAAUCAAUGAAGCGGCUGCGAAGGAGACGGCGAAGUGUCCGCUCCUCGAUGAGGAACCUAAGCGCGGUAUGGGGUGCUGACAGCCAAUUUAGAUAUAAACAUCCUUACGAGACCGAGAUCUUGAACCUCCAGUAUCCGGUCUCCGUCUACCAGACUGCUGAGCCUAUCCACUACCAGCCCGUCGAGUCUACCGCGGCUACCUUUGUCGACACAUUUGAGGGCGUCCUGGACAUGCUGGCCGAACUCAAGAAGGCCAAGGAGAUUGCCAUUGACACAGAACAUCAUGACUUUAGGACCUACACCGGAUUACUCUCACUCAUGCAGAUCAGCACGCGAGACAAGGACUGGAUAGUGGACACGCUGCAGCCCUGGCGACACAAGCUCGAAGUCCUCAACGAGGUCUUUGCCGACCCCAACAUCAUCAAGGUGCUUCACGGAGCUUAUAUGGACAUCAUAUGGCUUCAGAGAGACUGCGGUCUGUACAUUGUGGGGCUCUUCGACACAUUUCAUGCAGCCGAGACGCUGGGAUAUCCCGGAAGAAGUCUCGCCUACCUUCUCAAGCGGUUUGCCAAUUUCGAUGCUGACAAGAAACCCAUCCCCGAGGAGAUGUAUUACUAUGCGCGUUCGGAUACCCAUUACCUGCUCUACGUCUAUGACUGCAUGCGAAAUGAGCUUGUUUCGCAGUCCAAGCAAGACAACCCUGACGAGAACUACAUCGAACAUGUCCUAGAGCGCUCAAAGGCGACGUCGUUACGUCGACAUGAAAAGUUCAUCUACGACGCUGAAGGCGGACAGGGCAUCUUCGGCUGGUUCAACAUGCUCAUGAAGCAAUCAUCGGGCAACUUCAGUCGCGAACAAUUCGCUGUGUUCAGAGCCGUUCACAAGUGGAGGGAUGACUUGGCCCGCAAAGAAGACGAGAGCCCGGCUUUUAUCAUGAGCAAUCCUGCCGUUUUCGAUAUUGCCAGACGACUUCCCCCGGACCCCAAGGCCCUGCAUAGCCUCAUACCCCACAUAUCAUACGUAGUGAAACAGAGGAUCUCAGAGCUGUUCAAGCUUGUCGAGCAAGCGAAAGCAGACGGCGCCAAUGGACCCAGCCUGUCCGAGUUCUUCAGCCGCAAUGCUGGAACUCCCACUCUAGGUAUCGGGGCAGUGGCGCAACAGGUUUUCCCUGACCUGAGGAAGUCAGGCGGGGCUGGCGAGACGAUAAUCGACACCAAGGACUUGGUCUCCGAGAGCUCACUGCUAUGGGGCGAGGUGCCGAUCAGCACGCGAUGGGAGGCAGAUUCUCACGUCAACGAGACUGCCAAAACCAUGGAGUUUGCCCUUCCCUGGGCCAGCUUUAUGGAGAAUGCGUCAGUCUCUGAGCCCUUGCCGUCUGUCCAGAAGCCUCCCACGGAGCCUGCCAAAAAGCUGGAUCAAAAGCCCAGUGGCUCAAGCACCUACGAUGACGAGUUCACUCUCAAGGCUGGUACGAAGCGAAAGGCACCGGAGCCGGAACCUGAGCAGGAGGAAUCCGAAGACGACGACGAGAGCGAAGCCACACCGUUGAAAUCCGGGUCGAAACCUGCACCCAUCGAAGGCGACGAGAUCUCCGUCAACAGCACGGACGAGGAGGAAGAGAAGGCGAAGCGAAAAGCGGCAAAGAAGGCGCGCAAGGAGCGCCAGAAAGCCAAGAGAGAGGCCAAGCUGGCCGCCGAGGCCGCUACUGAGAACGACGAAGAAGAACAACCUUUUGACUACAGCAAUGCCGAGUCUGUCCUCAAGGCCCGACGGGGAGCCAAACCAGCAGAAAACGGCGGCAAGGGUGGGAAGGGUAAGGUCUUCAACCCGUACUCGUCGUUAUCUGCCGAGGGUCCCAAGGGCGCCAGGAGGAUGCACGGCGAGAAACCCGGCAAGACUGCUAUUUUCAAAAAAUUGUGA